AUGCCUUUCAACACAGAGCUUACGAGGGCCCUUGGCAUCAGAGUGCCUAUUGUUCAGGGUGGUAUGCAAUGGGUAGGAUAUGCUGAGCUUGCUUCCGCUGUCAGUAACGCGGGAGGCUUGGGCAUAUUGACCGCUCUCACCCAACCCACACCCGAAGACCUGCGCAAGGAAAUCCGUCGAUGCCGAACCAUGACCAACAAGCCUUUCGGCGUCAACCUGACCCUCCUUCCUGCCAUGGUUCCCCCGGAUUAUGCCGCAUACGCCCGCGUUAUCAUCGAGGAGAAAAUCAACAUCGUAGAGACGGCAGGAAACAGUCCUGGACCGGUCAUCAAGCAACUCAAGGCCGCUGGCACUAUUAUCCUGCACAAGUGUACCACCAUCAGACACGCACAGUCUGCGGUGAAACUUGGCGUUGACUUCCUGUCCAUCGAUGGCUUCGAGUGCGCUGGACACGUUGGCGAGACAGACAUUACCAACUUCAUCCUGCUCAGCAGAGCCAGACAGUCGCUGGGCGUUCCUUUCAUUGCCUCGGGAGGUUUUGCAGAUGGUCAGGGUUUGGCCGCUGCGCUUGCCCUCGGAGCCUGUGGCAUCAACAUGGGUACGCGCUUCAUGUGCACUAUCGAAGCACCCAUCCACCACAACAUCAAGCAGGCCAUCGUCGAUGCGCAAGAAACAGACACCGCUCUCGUACUUAGGCGAUGGAAGAACACAUCGCGACUUUUCGCAAACAAGGUCGCGCUACAGGCUGUCGACGUCGAGAAGACCAGCACAACCGGCAAGUUCGAGGAGGUCGCUGAGUUUGUAAGCGGAAAGCGAGGACGUCAAGUCUUCUUGAAUGGAGACAAGGACUUUGGUGUAUGGACCGCUGGCCAAGUCAUUGGCCUCAUCCACGAUAUCCCCACCAAUGAGGAGCUCAUCAACCGUAUCGAACGAGAGGCUAUUGAGACAAUGAAGCAGAACCAAUCGCUCUUCAUCGAGGACGGGGAGAAGCCGGUCGCUGAGGGCGCCACAAUAAACAAGAAGUCGAACAACCCUCAAGCUGAGGUCUGGGGAAUCGGCAAGAGCAAGCUGUAG